AUGCCUGUGCCUUGCUGCACCUACCGGAGCACACUAACCUCUAUCUCUGAAUAUUCUUCAAUUGCUGCUCGAGACAGCUGCAGCAAGCGUGGUCUUGAUAGCGCCGAGUGUGGCGGACAUCAAGCAUACAAGCGGGAGGAGAUUGUUGCUCGAGACAGUUGCAGCAAGCGUGGUCUUGAUAGCGCUGAGUGUGGCGGACAUCAAGCCUACAAGGGGGGAAGCAUUUAA